CCGUGUCCACUAAUUCCCUCCGGUGUUCUCCUCGAUCGGCAGCCAUCUCCGACUCCCCCACUUUCCCUUCUAUAUUUCCUUGCAACCAAAGCUCUUUUCUCAUCCAAUCUCGUCCCUAAUCCUUCGUACUCUCUCUAAAAGAUAGUUACAAAACCUCGUAAUCCAGAGAGGGAGAAGGGAUGAGCUCUGUGUGCACGUCGUCUGUGGGGUGCGUUGACGCGCGUGUGCCGGUGAGGGCGACCUAUGUCAACCUCUACAAGUGGCCGGAAUCCGACGCCGAGUUUGUGAAGUCGGUGGCCGGAAGAAGUAGAGAAGGAAGCGAUCCCAGCCACAACGGCAGCGUCGAUGGGAGGAGGAAGUGGGGGCCAAGUCCAAGGGUGGUGGAUAGCUACUCAUGCCGGCAGAUGUAUCUGAGGAGCUACACCUUCUCCAGGAAGGAGAGCUUCCCCGAGAAGACUCAGCGGUGCCUCGGUAAAGUUAAGGAGAAGGCCGCCGUCUGCCCUUUCCUCCACCAGAGGUCGGACAGCUUCGGUAGUAUCCAUUCCAGUAUCAGUCACAAGGAUGACGAGAAGAGGAAGAAAAACAACAACAACAACAACAACAACAACAAGAAGAAGGGGUGCGUGGCCGCGAAGAAGUUCCUCAAUUUCAUCUUCCGACGCCUCCUCUUCUGCACCACCAGCGUCGACGUGGCGGAUCGCUCCUCGCCUUCAUGAGGGUAUAUAUCAAGCUAAUAUCUCAUCCUAUUUCUUCUUGCUUCCCUUUAAUUUAUACUUCUUGUGUUCUCUCCCUCCUCCAAAGCGAUGCCCUUAUUCGCUAGAGAUGAAGUAUAUUUACAUGCAUGUCUCGGUCCGGAAGGUGCUAUCUUAGUUUUGUAUAUGUGAAGGCGGAUAAAUAUACUGCUCUUGUUCUCC